AUGAAUUGUUGUGGCAGUUACAAGCUGCUCAAUGCCACCCCUCCAAACACAAACAGUUUCACAUCAACAGGACAAAAUGAGACCAGCAUCACUCUGCAGUGGAAUAAAGUGAACAACUCUGGCAGCUUUAUUCUCCAGUUUGAUGGUACAGAGAUAAACAUCACUGCACCAGAUGGAGAUGGAGCAGUAACUCACACAGUCUCAUCUCUCACUGCUGGAACUAAAUACACAUUCACUCUCUUCUCUGUGUUUGAGAACAUCAGAAGCAGUGGAGUAAACAUUACUGCAGUCACUGCUCCUCAAAAUGCAGAAAGCCUCAAAUCAAUAGUACAAGAUGAGACCAGCAUCACUCUACAGUGGAAUAAAGUGAACAACACUGGCAGCUUUAUUCUCCUAUUUGAUAGUACAGAGAUAAACAUCACUGCACCAGAUGGAGAUGGAGCAGUAACUCACACAGUCUCAUCUCUCACUGCUGGAACUAAAUACACAUUCACUCUCUUCUCUGUGUUUGAGAACAUCAGAAGCAGUGGAGUAAACAUUACUGCAGUCACUGCUCCUCAGAAUGCACAAGCCUUCAAAUCAACAGGACAAAAUGAGACCAGCAUCACUCUGCAGUGGAAUAAAGUGAACAACACUUCCAGCUUUAUUCUCCAGUUUAAUGGUACAGAGAUACACAUCACUGCACCAGAUGGAGAUGGAGCAGUAACUCACACAGUCUCAUCUCUCACUGCUGGAACUAAAUACACAUUCACUCUCUUCUCUGUGUUUGAGAACAUCAGAAGCAGUGGAGUAAACAUCAUUGCAGUCACUGCUCCUCAGAAUGCACAAGCCUUCAAGUCAACAGGUCAAGAUGAGACCAGCAUCACUCUGCAGUGGAAUAAAGUGAACGACACUGGCAGCUUUAUUCUCCAGUUUAAUGGUGCAGAGAUAAACAUCACUGCACCAGAUGGAGAUGGAGCAGUAACUCACACAGUCUCAUCUCUCACUGCUGGAACUAAAUACACAUUCACUCUCUUCUCUGUGUUUGAGAACAUCAGAAGCAGUGGAGUAAACAUUACUGCAGUCACUGCUCCUCAGAAUGCACAAGCUUUCAAAUUAACAGGACAAGAUGAGACCAGCAUCACUCUGCAGUGGAAUAAAGUGAACAACAAUACCAGCUUUAUUCUCCAGUUUGAUGGUACAGAGAUAAACAUCACUGCACCAGAUGGAGAUGGAGCAGUAACUCACACAGUCUCAUUUCUCACUGCUGGAACAAAAUACACAUUCACUCUCUUCUCUGUGUUUGAGAACAUCAGAAGCAGUGGAGUAAACAUUACUGCAGUUACUGCUCCUCAGAAUGCAGAAAGCCUCAAAUCAACAGGACAAAAUGAGACCUGCAUCACUCUGCAGUGGAAUAAAGUGAACAACAAUACCAGCUUUAUUCUCCAGUUUGAUGGUACAGAGAUAAACAUCACUGCACCAGAUGGAGAUGGAGCAGUAACUCACACAGUGUCAUCUCUCACUGCUGGAACUAAGUACACAUUCACUCUCUUCUCUGUGUUUGAGAACAUCAGAAGCAGUGGAGUAAACAUUACUGCAGUCACUGCCCCUCCAAACACAAACAGUUUCACAUCAACAGGACAAAAUGAGACCAGCAUCACUCUGCAGUGGAAUAAAGUGAACGACAAUACCAGCUUUAUUCUCCAGUUUAAUGGUGCAAAGAUAAACAUCACUGCACCAGAUGGAGAUGGAGCAGUAACUCACACAGUCUCAUCUCUCACUGCUGGAACUAAAUACACAUUCACUCUCUUCUCUGUGUUUGAGAACAUCAGAAGCAGUGGAGUAAUCGUCACUGCAAGCACUGAGUAUGUUAUUGGACUGAACAUCAGAUUGCAGUCUUAUGGUCAGCUGUCAGACUCAGACUUACAAGGUCUGUUAGAGGAGGUCGAGUCUCCCAUUGAGCAACAAGUACGAAGCAGCUAA